GCCGCCGCCGGGUCUCCGGCCUCGAGGGCUCGGGCUCGCAGCGGCGGCGGUGGCCGCGCCGAGAGGCGGCCGGGGCGGGGGGAGAGGAGGGCCCGGGCCCGCGCUCCCCCAGCCCCAGAGCGGCGGGCGGCGGGCCGCGGGCGGAGCGGUCCCCUCUGGGGGUCGGACACCCCUGCUGCAGCCGCCUGGGGCGGGGGGAUCAUGACCCCGGCGGGGGUCGCCGCCGCCGCCGCCGCCGCGGCCGAGACCGCGCAGCCCGCGGUAAGAAGAAAACAUAACUUAUAGACCAUCUGCUCGCAGAAGAUGAUAGAUUUGGAUCAUAAACGGGAGGCAUUGGAAGCCAGGAAUCAAAAGUGAAGAAAUUUGGCAAGCCCUUUGGUGAGAAAGGUUUCUAUCACUAUAACCAUGCCAGAAAUGACAGAGAAUGAGACUCCUACAAAAAAGCAGCACAGCUCUACCCCUGGCCAGGUGCCAGAGCAAACACCAGGAGCCACCCACUUGGUACAACACUUUGAGAGAAAGAAAAACCGGGAGACACACAAUGCAGUCGAGAGACACAGAAAGAAGAAAAUCAAUGCUGGGAUCAACAGAAUAGGAGAACUCAUCCCAUGUUCCCCUGCGCUGAAACAGAGCAAGAAUAUGAUUCUGGACCAAGCUUUUAAGUAUAUUACAGAAUUGAAAAGGCAGAAUGAUGAGCUCCUGCUUAAUGGAGGAAACAAUGAACAAGCUGAAGAAAUCAAAAAGCUUCGUAAACAAUUAGAAGAAAUUCAAAAAGAAAAUGGCCGAUAUAUCGAAUUACUGAAAGCAAAUGACAUAUGCUUAUACGACGAUCCCACAAUCCACUGGAAAGGAAAUCUUAAAAACUCAAAGGUCUCUGUUGUUAUUCCCAGUGACCAAGUUCAGAAAAAUAUCAUCGUUUAUUCCAAUGGGAGCCAGCCUGGUGGAAACAGCCAGGGAGCAGCUGUUCAGGGGAUAACCUUUAAUGUUGGUCAUAAUUUACAGAAGCAGACUGCCAAUGUGGUGCCGGUCCAGAGGACUUGCAAUCUUGUGACUCCUGUGUCUAUUUCUGGAGUUUACCCUUCUGAAAACAAACCCUGGCAUCAAACCACAGUUUCUGCAUUGGCCACCAACCAGCCGGUUCCUCUUUGUCUUCCUGCCACCAUUCCUGCUCAAAAUAUUCUCGAGCUUUCCACCUCUGAAAGCGAAUCAAGCGUGCUUGGUGCCACCAGUGGCGCAUUGAUCUCUGUUCCAGCCGGGCCUGAAACUCACCAACAUCACUCCUUGCAAACAGGCUUAAACGAUGAAAGUUCUUCUGAAAAUAAGAACGGACAAGAGAGCCCCAGCUUAUUGAAGAAGACAGUCCCCUGUCCCUCUAGCAUCCCUUCCAGCUCCUCGGCAGCUGCCCCGAAAGUGUCCCAUGGAAACAAGUCUUCCAUGAGUACCCAGAAUCUCAGAAGUGACUUUCAGACCACCUUUGUUGUUUCUGUCACUACCACGGUCUGCUCCCAGCCUCCCAGAGCUGUGGGCGAGCCUCUUUCAGCAAGCAUUAGCAAAGAUAGAGACCCCACGAGUGUCACUGCGGUGGUGGCACCCUCUGCCCUCGGAGGAGAGAAGACCACCUCUUCUACCGGCACUCUUUCUGCGACCACUCUGGACAGUGCUUGGACCCUCUCUUGUUCUUUGCCCUCAUCAGCUGUUAGCGCUUCAGAUUUAAAAAACAUGAAUAGCCUUACCCGCAUCUCCUCAGUGGGCAACACACAGACAACUUGGACUACUUUGCAGCUGGCGGGAAACACGAUUCAGCCCUUAAGCCAGGCUCCUCCGACUGUCGUGACACCAGUAUUAAAUGAGGCUGGUACUUGCUCCACCACUAGCUACCACAGUAGACAUGUGACUACUGGCCUCAACUCGAAUAAUUCCCUUCCAGCAGAGGGGCAGACAGUCGAGCAGGUACUUGUAACCUUGCCUUCAGCUCCAUCUCUGCCACUGCAGCAGCCACUCAUUGCCCAGCCACAGGUGAAAUCUCAGCCACCGAAAAAUAUCCUUCCACUGAACUCAGCAAUGCAAGUGAUUCAGAUGGCCCAGCCAAUUGGGUCGGCUGUUAACGCAGCGCCAGCGAAUCAAAACGUCAUCAUUCUUCAGCCACCCAGCACCACCCCCUGCCCAACCGUGAUGAGGGCAGAGGUGCCCAACCAAACAGUAGGGCAACAGAUAGUGAUAAUACAGGCAGCUAAUCAGAACCCUUUGCCACUCCUGUCUGCACCACCAACUGGUUCUGUUCGACUCCCCGUCAAUGGAGCCAGUGCUAUCAUAGGAUCUAACAGUUCAGUGCAAAAUGUUUCGGCUCCACAGACUUUUGGAGGAAAGCAUCUUGUUCACAUAUUACCAAGACCUUCAUCCUUAGCAACAUCUAAUUCAACACAAACUUUUUCUGUUACCAUGUCAAACCAACAGCAGCCUCAAACCAUUUCUUUAAAUGGACAGCUCUUUGCUUUGCAGCCUGUGAUAUCUUCAGCAGGAACUACAAAUCAAACACCUAUGCAAAUUAUUCAACCCACCACCAGCGAAGAUCCAAAUACCAAUGUUGCCCUGAACACAUUUGGGGCUUUAGCCAGCCUCAAUCAAAGCAUAUCACAGAUGGCUGGACAAAGCUGUGUGCAGUUGUCUAUUAGCCAGCCUGCCAAUCCCCAGACUGUUGCAAAUAGUCAGACCACCCCAGUUAACUGUGUUCCAUUAACUACUGUAGCGUCAUCUCUGACAACUGAUAAUUCAGCCACACUACCCAGUAAUUGUAACCUGGUCACUCCCCCCUCAGUGAACACUGUGACUUCUCUGUCUAACAUGAAGUCGAAAAGGUUGAAUAAGAAGCCAGGUGCCAAGAAACAGUUAGCCACUAGCAAGCCAGCGUGUCCCCUGAAUCCAGUCAGAGAUGUGGGGAAGUUAGACUGCCCCAGCACUGACGGUUCGGCAGAGCCACCAUGUAAUGAGGGGCUGCUGGAAAAUCUUCCAGUUGUGUUGCCACCUGUCUCUCUGUCCCAGGCAAGUAGUGUCAGUGUUUCCGAGGCGCAUUCCUUGGAUGUCCUGCAUUCUGAGUCAGUAAUACCUGAGGCUGGAUCCAGAUCUAAGUCAGCAGAAGAAUCUAGGCCGCCGUCCCAGGAGCCUGUAACGAGUGAACCUUUUGUGUCGGCCCCAACUCAGUCCAAAGACUCAGACCCCAUCCUCCAAGAGACCUCUCAGGAUAAGCCACCGGUUGGUUCGACCCUGUCAGAUACUGCCAAAUCCUGCACUUCAGCACAUGUGUUGGUUCCAUCUCCAAAUGACCCCCACACUUUGGUUUCUCAGGUGCCUGGCGUGUCAUCUGCCACGAGCACUACAACUUCCGACUGUGUUUCUGAGGUAGAAAUCAUUGCUGAACCUUGUAGGACUGAGCAAGAUUCACCAGAUACAAUGCAUGCCACAGCUCUGUCGAAGGGGCAGGGCUUCACAGCGUUGCUUUCUGGUCUUGCUAAAGAAAAAGACCCUCAGAAAUCAUCCCUAUCAGUCCCGGGGGACCAUCCUGAAUUUUCUUCCAAAAAUUCUAAACUAGCAGAUGCCAGUGUUGAUUUACCGUCCAAGCAGGACCUACUUCUGAUAAGCAGUGAUGACAGAGACCCGGGCCAGCAGCAUCCCUGCCUCCCCGAUCAGGAGAUCAUGAACGGUUCUUUGCUCACCAGUAGGCAAGCCGACUCUCCCAUGUCAACCAGCUCUGGCAGUAGUCGGAGCUUCUCCGUUGCUUCCAUGCUUCCCGAAACUGUGAGAGAGGACGUGACCAACAGUGCAUCCACGAAUACGUGUGACAGCUGUACCUUUGCCGAACAAACAGAUAUUGUCGCUCUUGCAGCGCGAGCUAUUUUUGACCAGGAGAACCUGGAGAAGGGGAGGGCGGGCAUCCAAGCCGAUACAAGGGUAGCCACUACAAAGCCUUCCAAAGCUUCCUCUCUAGAGGAAGAGCAGUCUUUCAAAGCACAGGUCCCUAAAGAUACUGGCUCCGCUGAGGCGGAAGCAACAACAAAUGAAUUUAACUCCCAGGACUCAAUGGAAGCAAUGGUGGAGAGACCUUCGGAGAAGCCGAGUUGUUCAGUAGGAAUCAAGACCUCAACUGCCUCAUUACAGGUGUCGACUUCUCAGCCACCAAGCAUCACCAGUUUAAGUGUGAAUAAUCUCAUUCAUCAGAGCAGCAUCAGCCAUCCCCUUGUCAGCUGUGCUGGUUUAUCCCAAACAUCAGAGCAAGCAGCCAUUCCCGCAACGGCGAAUCUGACUGUUUCUUCUAGCUCCUACGGCAGCCAGCCCCCGGGACCAUCUCUGAUGCCAGAAUAUUCGCAAGACCAGCUCACGACCAUGGGUGGCACCAUCGCAAAUUCACAGAUUCAGGAGCCGCUGCUAAAGCCCAACCAGGAAAGCCGCAAAGACUCUGCCAAGCGUGCUGUCCAAGACGACCUCUUGCUGUCUUCGGCUAAGCGACAGAAACAUUGCCAGCCAGUCCCCCUCAGGCUGGAGAGUCUGACCCUGAUGAGCCAACCCUCCGACAGUGUGUCUGAUCAAACGCAGAUGAUGGUUACCCAGAUCCCCCCGAAUUCUUCCAACACAGCUGUGCCUGUGAGCAACCCAGCCCACGGAGACGGCCUUGCGCGAUUAUUUCCACCUGCUAACAACUUUGUGGCCCCAGCAUUGAGGCAAACUGAUGUUCAGUGCAGUUCCCAGCCUUCAGUUGCCGAGCAGCAGCAAAAUCAGGCCAGUCAGCAUCUCCAGGCCCUGCAACAGCAUGUUCCAGCUCAAGGAGUGCCUCACCUUCACAGUAACCACCUCUACUUAAAGCAGCAGCAGCAGCAGCAGCAGCAGCAAGCAGGGCAGUUACGAGAGAGGCAUCACUUAUAUCAGCUACAGCAUCACGUGUCUCACGCCGAGAGCUCUGUCCACUCUCAGCCCCACAGUGUCCACCAACAGAGAACGCUGCAACAGGAAGUCCAGAUGCAGAAGAAAAGGAAUCUGGUUCCGGGUGCACCGGCCUCUCAGCUUCCCUUACAACCCAAGCACCACGGGACCGAUCAGCCUCGACCCAAGAGUGGCCAGCCCCACCCGCACCACCAGCAGAUGCAGCAGCAGAUGCAGCGCCACUUUGGAAGCUCCCAGCCAGAGAAGAGCUGUGAGAACCCUCCAACUAGCCGGAGCCACCAUAACCACUCCCAGAAUCAGCUCAAUCAAGAUAUCAUGCACCAGCAGCAGGAGGUUGGAAGCAGGCAGCAAGGAUCAGGAGUCGCUUCUGAACACGUCUCCGGACAUAAUCCAAUGCAGAGGCUUUUGACAUCAAGAGGCAUAGAGCAGCAACUGGUAUCCCAGCCGAGUAUUGUGACGAGAGCCUCGGACAUGUCCUGUACGCCCCACAGGCCAGAGAGAAAUCGGGUCUCAAGCUACUCUGCUGAGGCACUUAUCGGCAAGACCUCUUCUAAUUCAGAACAGAGAAUGGGCAUAUCAAUUCAGGGAGCCAGAGUUUCAGACCAACUUGAAAUGAGAAGCUAUCUUGAUGUUCCUCGAAAUAAGAGUUUAACCAUUCAUAAUAUGCAGGGGCGUGUGGACCACUCGGUUCCCUCGGAUAUCCGCCUUUCUGAUUGUCAGACAUUUAAGCCAGGUGGAGUCAGUCAACAGCCCCCGAGUAAUUUUGAAGUUCAGUCUUCAAGAAACAAUGAAAUAGGUAACCCCGUGUCAUCAUUGAGGAGCAUGCAGUCCCAGGCUUUUCGAAUUAGUCAAAACCCUGGCCCGCCACCCAUUGACCGUCAGAAGAGAUUACCUUAUCCCCCCGUUCAGAGCAUACCAACUGGAAAUGCUCUCCCGACGAGGGACAGUGAAAAUACAUGCCACCAAAGUUUCAUGCAGAGUUUACUUGCCCCACACCUUGGUGAUCAAGUCAUUGGGAGCCAGAGGUCACUCUCAGAGCAUCAAAGAAAUACACAGUGUGGCCCAUCCUCUGCUAUUGAAUAUAGUUGUCCCUCGUCUCAUGAAAGUGUCCAUAUUAGGAGAGAAAGUGAGAGUCAGAAUAGGGAAAGUUGUGACAUGUCCCUCAGUGCAAUGAGCACCAGAAACAGCACCUUGAAUAUUCCCUUCUCGAGUCCUUCUUCGUCAGGAGAUAUUCAAGGUCGGAACACAAGUCCCAACGUCUCUGUACAGAAGUCCAAUCCCAUGAGAAUUACUGACAGUCAUGGGACCAAGGGCCACCUGAAUCCUCCAGCCACAACCAACAUGCACGGCAUCGCCAGGCCAGCUCUGCCUCACCCUUCUGUGUCGCACGGAAAUGCUGACCAAGGGCCCCCUGUACGCCAAACUAAUUCUUCGGUUCCCCAGCGAUCCAGGCAUCCCUUGCAAGACAGCAGUGGUUCCAAAAUUCGCCAACCUGAAAGGAGUCGUUCCGGAAACCAAAGACACGCUAAUGUCUUUGAUCCCAAUCUUCCUCAUCUUCCUCUGGCUGCUGGUGGCAGUAUGAUUCUUGGACGUCAACAACCCAGCACCGAGAAGAGAGGAAGUAUUGUUCGCUUCAUGCCCGAUAGCCCUCAAGUACCGAAUGAGAAUUCAGCGCCUGACCAGCAUACACUGUCACAGAAUUUUGGUUUUCCUUUUAUUCCCGAGGGUGGCAUGAAUCCACCAAUAAAUGCUAAUACUUCUUUCAUUCCACAGGUUACUCAGCCUAGUGCCACUCGAACGCCGGCCCUCAUCCCUGUAGAUCCCCAGAACUCUCUGCCCUCUUUCUACCCUCCCUACUCCCCUGCUCACCCUACACUGUCCAAUGAUAUUUCAAUCCCCUAUUUUUCUAAUCAAAUGUUCUCAAACCCUAGCACAGAGAAGGUAAACAGUGGGAGUUUAAAUAACCGGUUUGGAUCCAUUUUAUCUCCUCCCAGACCUGUUGGUUUUGCUCAACCAAGCUUUCCUCUUCUCCCUGAUAUGCCACCAAUGCACAUGACCAACUCUCACUUAUCUAAUUUUAAUAUGACAUCUUUAUUUCCAGAAAUAGCUACAGCGCUUCCCGAUGGCUCCGCAAUGUCACCGUUGCUUACAAUAGCAAACUCCUCUGCUUCUGAUUCUUCCAAGCAGUCCUCAAACAGACCUGCCCACAACAUAAGCCAUAUUUUAGGUCACGAUUGCAGUUCAGCUGUUUAAAUACCCAGAGACUAAAUGUAAAUCCAGCGGGUGGUAUUACUAAUGCAUUUGUGUGUGUUUGCACACAUAUGUGUAUGUAGUGAGAUUGGGUGUGUAUGUCUGUUGUCUGUAUAAUCAACUUUCUGUUAUUUUCUGAAUGUAAGGAUACCCUGUCAGAGAUGAUGGGACAGGUUGUCAGAAAGAAAUUACCCUUCAUUUGUUACUAUAUGUGUGCUUAAAUUUUUUUUUUAUUUUCAAGUUUGACUUUGUAAUGUUAUAUUUCCUAAAUUUUAAUCAGCUGAAACUUGGGGGAGAGCAUACUGGUGCGUGCUGGUUAGUAGGAAAGAAACUAGAUUUUAAACCUGAUUGUUAAUAAUUUGUGAAAUAGAUCGUUGAGUUGCUAUCCAAGAGUACCGUUUGACAUAACACACAAUGGCUCAUAACCGACUGAUGGCUAAUGUCAACAUGUAGACCGUUUAUUUCAAACUUAUGGGAAGUAUGAAGUUAAUAUUGAAUACCCAGCGAUAAACUUGAGCAGUCAGCAGAUAGAUGAGUAGUUUAGUCAGCCUUGACUCCAAAAGUUUAAUUUAGGUGGAGAUUUUCCUUUUAAAUAUAAUAAUUCAUAAAUUAUCUGAAUUUGAUGUUUUGAAAUUAGCAAGCCAGGUUACCUUUUAUUGUGCCAAGAUUCUUUAAAGCAAAGAUCUUCCCUAAAGAAUUGGCCUUAAAAGCAGAAAUCGGAACAGUGAAAUACUUAGUUCUCUAUUUGCCCCUGUAUUUUGCAUCACUCCAUCAGGAUGAAGGCAGUUGUAUUGUGGAGUCUUAUGCAUGUGAUCAGUUCAAAAUUGUUUUAUUAAUUGAAUUUUGUUUUAAUAUUCUCUUCAUUCUAUUUAUUUGAUCUUGAAAUAAAUUCCCUUACACUUGUAUAAUCACCAAAACUGAUUAGCAAAUAAUGUGCUUGGAAUCCAUUAUAUUUGAGCCUUACUUUAAAAAUAUUUCUGAGUAGAGUCUUAAGCACUGCCACAGUGUUUUCAUUUCAUUAACUGAUUAAAUUUUAUUUCAUUUCAUUAAAUUUCAUUAACUGAUAUUUAUAUGUUUAAUGGCAUUUUAUACCACAUUAUUAUCUUAAAUUGUAGAAUUACAAUGAAAUGAUGAAUUUGCUCAUGAUUAUGGUAGGUAUGAAAUGGUGCUUCAAAUAUUGUCUUUAUAUCUAUCUGCGUAAGUGUAUGUGUAUACAGACAGAUUUUUCAAGUGUAAACUAGGCCUGCCAUCUAAAGUGGGAAAUAGAUACCUGAGUUCUGCUAAAUUGUCAAAAAACUUGAAGUAUGGUUAUUAAAGUUCCACUGAAGUUAAUCAUAAAUUUCAAAAUAUUUAUAUACCUAUAUAUAGAUAUAGAUAAACACAUUCAUACAAUGAGUUUUAGAAACGAAACAAAAAACACAGGAAAGUGAUUAUGUAUGUGUUAUUUUUUGUUGUUACGUUCUGUCCAAAAUAGCACUUAGUGGGAGAGAUACAUAUAAAUCGUUCUGUCUGCUCUGUUAAGGAAGUGAACCCAAGGGCCAACAUUUUAUUUAUUAAGGCCUCCUUAAAAGAGCCUCCUAAUAAGGCUUGUUCAGAGCAGUUACUCCAACAAAUACCUCUUCUAAAGACCCAGGAAAAGGGUCUUAUGUGCCUCUUCGACUUUUCUUACCAAACUUUACUAUUAUUCCUUCCUGCCACUUACUGAAGCAGCCUCCUAGGGACGAAGAAUAUUGUAAACCAAAAAAUCUUCUGUAUUUUCUUCCUUCAAAAUGGCCAUGGGAGUAAUAGGAGAAUUCCCUGUACAAGUCACUUCAUCAAGACAAUAGAUAGACGUGUAAAGUAAAACCUUGAAUUGGGAGAAGUGAUGUUUCUGACUUUGAUUUUUUUGUUUUGUGGGAGAUCAUAUGUUGUGUUGUGGGUCAAACCCGGUCGGCCUGGUGCAAGGCAGGUGCCGUACCGGCUGUGCUGUACUAUUACUCCCACCCCCUCUUACUGUUUUUUUCUUAAUUUAUAAUUUUUUUAUUUAAUUAAGGAACUGUGAUUUACAAAGUUAUGAGACAUUUUUCUUUUUCUUUUUUGUUUGUUUUUUGGGCCACAUCUGGUGGUGUUCAGGGCUGACUGCUGGAUCUGCACUCAGGGAUCACUCCAGGUGGUGCCUGGGGGACCAUAAGGGAUGUCGGGGAAUGACCCUGGCGAACUGCAGGCAAGGCAAGCGCCCUCCCUGCUCUACUGUCACUCUGGCCCCUCUGCCUGAUUUUUAAUAUCUGAAUUCUAAGUUUUAACAUUCAUUUUUUUUCUUCGUACUUGAAAGUUUCGGCUCACUGAUUUCGAGGACGGUUUUUAAUAUGCUUGCUUAUUCAGUCUGUCUUUUUCUCUUGUCUGUCUCUUGGUUCCCUUCUCCUCUGCCUGUCAUAUGAACGCACAAGUGCACGUACAUACAGUGUCUUCUAUUAAGCUCUGAAGAACUGUGGACUAUAGAUAUAAUCGGAACAAAGUGACAGGCUAAGGAGAAGCAACUCAAUUUGAAGACUUGAGGAAAGGCCUCAACCCCUAGUACUGUAAGGUAUUUCUCUAUUGUAUUGAUUCCUUUUUUUUUCUGCUCAGCUUUUUUCAGAGAUUGCAUCUGUGUUUCUUGCAACUUUGGUUCCAGGAAUAUUACACUUUGAUCCCAGAUGUGCCUCUACCGCACAAGAGAGGCAUAAGAGAGGCUAAUUUGACUAUGUAGGGGAAAAAAAGUGAUGGUCUGCAAACAACUAAACUGUCACUUACGUAGAGCUUUAAUUAUCUUAUGAAAUAUGAAUUAAGAAUCAUUUUACAUGUGUGCUCAAUUCUGUACGUGUUCAGAGAUGUGAAUCUGAUUUAAAAACACCAAUAUACUAAGAUUUAGCGGUAAUAUUAACUUUUCAAUAAUUAAAGCUACAUGGUUGAAGGAAUUUAUGUUUAAUGUCUAUCAAUAUGAAUGCAAUUUUGGCAGAGGAAUCAGAAAGUCAACUUUGGUUGUGAUAAAUUUAAUGUUAUUCUGGCUUGCUAAUGUACAACUAUAGGAAGAAAAAUAAUUUCCAAAAAUAGGUUAUAAUUUCUGGAUUUGCAUAAACUUAUGAGUCACUGCUCUAUUUUAGUGUUGGUUUCCCCUUUCCCCUCUGCUGCUAAAGUUCAAAACUGAGUUCUCAAAUUCUCUAUCAUAGGCCUAUACUCACCCUACUCACCUCUCAAUAUGUGAUCAUGUAGGAUCAGUUUCAGAAGCUAAAUAAUUCCUCUAAAACAUAGUAAUUUCUAAUUAAAUGGAAAACAUGUUCCUGUGUCUGUUCUUUGGGCUGUUCUCAGCAGAGCUCAGGAGACCCAGUGGUGCUGGGGAAUGAACCCGGGCCCCCUAUGUGCAAAGCAUGCAUUAGCCCAUCCAGCUCUCUCUCUCUCUGCUCCAUCGCAUAUAAUUUUUUCAAGUGUCAGUCAUGGAUAAGAGAAAUAAAGUUUGAUGGUAUUUAUCUCUUUAUUCUUGUUGUGUUGACAUGUGCAGGGUGUUUGGGGUAUUUUGUGCCAUGUCAGGAAAUUUUUGUUUUUAAUGUAAGCCCUUUGGGUGAUGGCACUGUCUUUCUAAGGAGAAUUUCAGUGAUCAUGCUUUAUAAAAGUUAAUUAAUCAGAAAUGUGGAAAGAGACAAAGGGGAGAAAAAACACUUUAAAGCAAUUAUUAUUCAUAGGGUGAACUUCAGUGAGUUUUCUAAUGACCCUUCUUAAAAUAAAAAAAAAUUAUUUCAGAAUUCUAAAGACAAUUCAUUUGCCUUGUUCUUGCCUUCUAGUGUUAGCCAUUUUGUGGGAGAAGCUACAACUCAUGCUCUCAAAAAAAUGUGAAAUGCAUUUCAACGAGUAAAGUUUCACUAGUUUGAAAAGGGUAAAGACUUAUGAAUAUGCAUGUUCUUAGCAUUAUCAUUCUUCGAUACCUCAGCUCUUCUUUUUAUCCAUCUCUCUGAACAGGUAAUAGGGAAGCUGGUCAUCUUUCACCAGUAUGAAAGAUGACUUUGCCUUGAAAUGUUUAUUGGACCCACUGUAGUGGGUUACACUCCAAAAUCACUAUGUUCUGAUUCCUGACUUUGGGAACUACUGUAUCUCCCAUUAUAUUAAGGGGCAACCAGAAUUCCUUGAAAUAAAGUUAGUUCUCAAUUGAUUUACAAUACUAAAUGUGCCAUAUAGCUCUUUUUUGUUUGUGUGUUUAGUAGAGGGAUGCCUCCCGGUGGUCCUGGGCCACGAGGGUUGCAUCUUUGGUACUUCGGCGACCCAUACAGUGCCAGCGGUCAGCCUAGGACUGUGCAUGCCAAGUUUGAGCUUCAGCCCUGUGUGCUAUCUGGAAAGAUGAGUAUGGUCCAGUCUUUUUUUCUUUUUUCUUCUUUCAAACAUGGGGAUCAAACAUGCAAGGCAUGUACUCUACCACUGAGCUACAGACCUGUCCCCUGUUCCUUAUUUUGAUGAAUUUGUAUUUUUCCCAUGCAGGAUUGAAGAAAGGGUAAAAGUAGUUCAUAGUAAAAUGACUUUGGAUUGAAGUCCUUGGGAACCUGGAAGUUGCUGUAAUUUUGUAAUCUGUAUCCGUCUGUUCUUUUCCUGGAAGUCAUCCCUUAUGGCUUAUAUCCCCGAUGGGUAUGUACACCCAGAGGGCCAGAUGAAUUAGUGUGAGUUUAAUUUGUGAGUGAUGAUUUUAUGAUACCUCUAUGCAAAUCAAAGGCAAGAAGUUAGUUUCUUCUAAAGAUUCCUGUUUGGCUGACUACUGUCGUUUCUCCUCCAGAAUACAAUAGAAAAAUGUCUUGCUUUGGAUUUUAUCUUAACCAGACCUCUCUGCAUUCUACACUUCCCAUGUGAGUCUCAGAGUGUUUGUUCAUUUUAGAGCCUGUGGUUUAGAUAUCGGGUUUAGAUUGAGACAUUCAGAUGCACCAGUAAGAACUAUUGAGAACUUUCUUGGACACAGAACUUCAAUUCUACCCACAUGCCUCGACCCUGGUACUGCACUUUACCCAAAACUGUGCCUCUGGUCCUACGGCCAGCCAUUGGGACAUAAUCACUCACCCUCUCCUCUAUGAUAGCAAGAGACCAGCCAGGAUGGUACAUGCUAUGUAAUCAAACAUCUGGAAGACAAGAACAGCUGAUGUUUCUCACUAUUGCCUUACCAUUCUCUGAGCCAUCUUUGAUGCCGAUCUUGUAUAAAAAAAGCAAACAAAAAAACUUAACUAGUUAGAAGCAAAACUUUUAAUCUCAGAGUUCGUAUGUGGUGAUCAUUAAUGUCUUUAUUUCUAGAUUUGCACAAAUUCUAUUCACUAUAAUCUUUUUCUGUUACAGAACAUAAAUGUUCAAAUGCUUCACAGACAUGAGCCAACUUGGGUUGAAAAUAUUGAACAUAAUAUCCAAGUGGAUGAUAUUUCACAUAGCUGCAUAAUCUGCCACUAGAGAUUUUACAAAACAGAAGAUAACUCUCAUUUGUAAAUUACCACUUUAAAAAAAAUGAUCAUUACAUUUUGGGGUUUCCAUUGUAUAGCUAUACUACUAUGUCAUAGGAACUUGACAUUUACUCCACCUAAAUCAUCUCUUAGCUUUUCUCAAUCUGUUUCCCUCCCCCCUGAGUCUUAAAACCAUUUUUCAUCUGUGAGGCCACUGAGGCACUAAACUUGACCCCAUCGGUAUCCUGUAAGGGGUGUUGAACUAUUGAUCUUUCAAGAAGGGACCAGACAGUGUUUCUUAAAAUGCUGCAGUUAUUACUGUGAAGAAAAGGCUUGCUUCCUUUUUCAACAGGCCAUAUAUAUGUAUGUAUAUAUACGCAUAUAUACAUAUAGGUAAAGAGAUAUCUGUUCAUUUAGGUAAAAAUAGGUGAAAAAACCAACAUAAUCACCCUCACAACUUACAGAUUCAUUGGGUGAAAAGCUUACUAUAAGGCAGUCACCAGAUUGAAAAACAACUAUAGUGCUUUCCUAGCGUCAUAUUUGUAUCUAUAUUCAUGCCAGCAGUGCCAGCUGCGCACUGUCCUGUUACUGUAAGUCACCUGGCUUUUCAUUCUAAUGGGAACUAAUUUGUUUUGUAAUGGAAUCCAGAGCAGAUAUGUAUAAAUAAGAUCAGGAUUGUCCUACAAUUGUAAAUAAGAAUAGGUCCUGUUUAUUUUGACAUCUUUUUACAAAUGCAUUGUAUUAGGGUGUGAAUAUUCUGAACCAUGCUCUUGUUUAAAGUUUUGAAAUUUUUAUUGGUAAAUGUAACAUUUUAAUGGUUGUAAUAAUUAUUUGUAUAGAUAUGAAUAUAGUAUUUUAUUUAAGAAAAUAAACUUUGCACUUUUGCAUUGUGAA